CCUGGGGGCGGUUCUUGAUGGGGGCGAGGCUAGAGUUAACCGGGGGCAAAAGGGGCGUGGCCCGCGAAAGAGCCCGGGGCUUAGCCUAAAGGGAACUGGAGAGAGAGGGUGGUUUUCAGUAACGGAGCAGACCUGCCCCCUCACAAGAAAAGGGUGCAAAACAUCAGAGACCCCCCCGGCCGCCCUUUUCCUUCUCUUGUUCCUGUGGCUGGGGGGGUACCUCCUCCCUCCACACCAUGGAGCCAUCUCCUUUGUCUCCAAGUGGGGCAGCACUCCCCCUGCCUCUGUCGCUGGCCCCGCCUCCACUGCCCUUGCCUGCAGCUGCUGUGGUACACGUGUCCUUUCCAGAGGUAACCAGUGCCCUCCUGGAGUCCCUCAAUCAGCAGCGGCUGCAGGGCCAGCUCUGCGAUGUGUCCAUCCGAGUGCAGGGCCGGGAGUUCAGGGCUCACCGUGCUGUCCUGGCUGCUUCCUCCCCUUACUUCCAUGACCAGGUCCUACUCAAAGGUAUGACCUCCAUCUCCCUGCCCAGUGUCAUGGACCCUGGUGCCUUCGAGACUGUCCUGGCUUCAGCUUACACUGGUCGCCUCAGCAUGGCUGCUGCUGACAUUGUCAACUUCCUCACAGUGGGUUCUGUGCUCCAAAUGUGGCACAUUGUGGAUAAAUGCACUGAACUCCUUCGAGAAGGCCGGGCCUCAGCCACCACUGCCACCAUCACUACUGCUGCAGCCACCUCAGUCACGGUCCCUGGUGCUGGGGUCCCAUCAGGGAGUGGUGGCAGUGUGGCUUCUGCCACCAUGGGCUCUGUCCGCUCCCAUGCCUCCAGUCGGGCCAGUGAGAAUCAAUCCCCCAGCAGCAGCAACUACUUCAGCCCCCGAGAGUCCACUGAUUUCUCAUCUUCUUCCCAAGAGGCGUUUGCAGCUUCUGCAGUGGGCAGCGGGGAGCGUCGAGGAGGUGGCCCUGUAUUCCCAGCCCCUGUGGUUGGCAGUGGGGGGGCUACCUCUGGGAAGCUGCUGCUGGAGGCAGAUGAGCUAUGUGAUGACGGUGGGGAUGGCAGGGGUGCAGUGGUUCCUGGGGCUGGGCUCCGAAGGCCUACCUAUGCACCCCCCAGCAUCGUGCCACAGAAGCACUGGAUAUAUGUGAAGCGCGGUGGAAACUGCCCAACAGCAUCCCUGGUUCCCCAAGACCAAGAUCUGGAAGAGGAUGAUGAGGAGGAAGACCUGGUUUUGACCUGUGAGGAUGAUGAAGAUGAAGAGCAAGGGGGUGGGUCCGGGGUUCCAGCUGGGGGAGGACCUGAGGCUACCCUUAGCAUAAGUGAUGUCCGGACCCUGACUGAGCCUCCAGGCAAGGGAGAGGAACAGGUCAACUUCUGUGAGUCCUCCAAUGACUUUGGCUCCUAUGAGGGUGGGGGUCCUGGUGCAGGGAUUGAUGAUUCAGGGGGGCCCACUCCUUCGUCCUAUGUCCCCUCCAACCCACCACGGUCCCUGCUUCCUGUGGAUGUACAGGGCAGCCAGAUCCUAGUCUUCCCAUCUUCGUCCUCCUCCUCACAGCCUCCAGGCCAGCCGCCAGGGAACCAAGCUGAACACGGAGCUGUGACUCUAGGGGGCACAUCCGCAGGGGGCCUGGGCGUCCAGGGUGGCGCUGGUGGGACCUCUGGAGGAACAGGCAGCGGGGAUGGGAAUAAGAUCUUUCUGUGCCACUGCGGGAAGGCCUUCUCCCAUAAGAGCAUGCGAGAUCGUCAUGUGAACAUGCACCUCAACCUGCGGCCCUUUGACUGCCCUGUGUGCAACAAAAAGUUCAAGAUGAAGCACCACCUGACCGAGCACAUGAAGACGCACACAGGCCUCAAGCCCUAUGAGUGCGGCGUCUGCGCCAAGAAGUUCAUGUGGCGGGACAGCUUCAUGCGCCACCGAGGACAUUGUGAGCGCCGGCACCGCUUGGGUGGGGGUGGGGCUGGACCGGGACCUGGGGGGCCCACAGGAUCAGCCUUGCCACCCAAGAGAGAGUCCCUGGGGGUGGGCGGGGGCAACAGCCAAGAGGCCAGUGGAACCACGCCCCCGUCCAGCCGUGGAGUCUGGUCCCCACCCAAUGUUCACAAGGUGGAAAUGGGCUUCAGUGGGGGCGGAGGAGCAAACUAAAGAAGUAGGCUACUGGGGACAGUUUUCAGGUAAAAGAAAUAGGGAGCACGAGCUAGGGGUGCUGUGGCCCCCAGGUGAUCUCCCACUACAGUUACUGUCUUCCUUAUCUCUAUCUCUAUGGACUUGUAUAUAUUAGGGAGGGGGAACCACAUGGCUCCAUCACCAUCCAAUUCCAGUCCUCUGUCCCUUUCCUUCCAAGUAUCACGAAACCAAGUCCUUCCUUUCCCUCAGGGUACACCGAAGCCACAGCUCCAGAAUAGGGCGCAUAUGGUGGUGGGGGGGAGGGCACCUGUUCAGCAUCCUGGAGUCACAGGGUCAAGGGUAAGGUGGUUGUGGUCUGUAUCUGAAGUCUGUGUUUGUGUUGUUGUGGGGAUCAGGCCUUGGAGCCCUAUCCAUGUCCUAGAACCCUCCCCCAAGGAUGUGCCCAUUAUAUCUACCGUACUCCCUCUUCCCCAUCCUUGGGGCACCUCAACUCUAUUCUCAUUGGGGAGGGAGUGGAGACAGGGAGGGAGGAAAUCAUAGGAGUACAAGGUUUUUAUUUUAAAUCUUAUUUUUUUUAAUGGUGAUUAAAAUAUUUAUUGGUCAUUUCACUU